GAGAGUGGAGAUGGCGUUGCUGGGUACUUGCUGGUGGUUUGUUGCAGUGUUGGGGUUGAUGGCUUUCGUCACUCCAGAGCAGGUUGAUGUGAAUGAACCUAAAGGGGACGUGCAUAUGUUCUACCUAGACCCAUGGCCCACUGAACAGAGCACAGACCCUGCUACCAUCUCCAGGGUGAGCGCUGCUUGUCCAACCAAUGUGUGUGAGAAUGGAGGAAGAUGCACCAUGUUCAAUGGACAACUUCAUUGUGUGUGUAAACCAGGCUUCAUGGGUGACAGAUGCCAAGAUCUACAGUUGCAGCUGAGCUGUGAUCCUGACAGGAUGACCUUUCAUGUCCUAAAGAGCGCUCUCCAUGAGCUGAACGUGAACUUGUCUGCCUUACACUUGUCCAACCUAGAAUGUAAGCUGCUGGACACAUCUGAGCUGUAUGCCUAUGCCACCCUGACCCAUGAAAACCACACUCUGUGCGGCACUAAGGUCCAGGUGAAUGGCAGCCAUCUGAUCUACACCAAUGAACUGAGCACAAGCAUAGCUAAGGAGAGUCAAGUGGUGCCCAGCGCUAUGAUAUCCAGGUCUCUUGGCAUCCAGAUUGGCUUCUCCUGCAUUUAUCGCUAUGAUAAGGUUGUGUCCCUACCUUUCCCGCUGAUCACUGGUGCUGCAUUGGUGACUUUCGUGGUAAAAGAAGGAGAAUUCAAUGUCACGAUGACUCUCCACCCUACAGAGGAGUACCUAGAGCCGUAUGAUUACCCCCCAGUCAUUCCACUGAAUCGUCAUUUGUAUGUCCAGCUGCACAUUCAUGGUCAUGGCCCUCAGAACUUUUUCACCCUAAAGCUGGAGGAAUGCUGGGCCACCCCGUGGGUUCACCAUGACAGCGCAGUCCGGCAUCUCCUUAUUAGAAAUGGGAUUGCAGACGACUCCACGGUGGACAUUAUUGACUCUGGAAACCAGUCCCUGAGUCGCUUCUCCCUUCAGAUGUUCCGGUUCAUACAGUACCAGGAAGUUUACCUGCAUUGCCGUAUCUGGCUCUGCCAGUACAACAUGACGCACUGUCACCAGCAGCCUAGCACUGGGCGGCAUAAAAGAGACCUGAGUGACCCAUACAGAAAGGUUGUAUCUUGUGGGCCCAUCCAGCUUGUUGGAGGUGUCAGGACCAGCAUGGAAGAACCAGAGUCUGGACUCAACACACUCGUCCUUUCAGGAUCUUUUGCUGCAGGAGUUGUUCUUCUCAUCCUUAGUUCUGUUGGUUUUGCAAAAGCUUUUAAAAAAAUGACCGGACUGAGAAGCACUAAUCUUGCUCAUGUGGAGCGACUCUAAAUAAACACUGAA